AGAAAACGUGUUAUUUUUGUAUUCUUUCUUCCACAACACAUUCUCUCUCUAUGAUUCAUCCCAUUUUCUCACUCUAGACCAAAUCAUGGUGAACAGUACACUCUCAUCAUACGUCACUUAAUACGCAAAAUAAGCUAGAAAAUUGUUGCAAUCUAUAAUUAUUAUAAAUAUAGUAAUUAUGCAAAAACCUUUUUCUCACUUCGUUUGCUGAAAUUCCGCUUUAGAUCCAAAAAAUCAGCGGCAAUCGGCUUCAUUUCCGUCCACCGGCGCCUCAAUCCAGUGGUUUUUCUCCGUCUCUCGUGAGGCUAAUUUGGCUGUUCGUGGAAAUUUUGAUGAAACGCCGCCAGGCGGCAACAAUGGAGAAAGGGCAAUCUAAAAAUCACCAUUCGCGUCUUUGUUUGUUAGCCUCCCUAUCGGCUUUCUUUUGGUUCUGUCUGCUGUAUUUCCAUUUCUCGGCGUUCAGCGGCGGCGGCAGUAUUGUUCCGAUCGUCGGAAAUUCGCCUCAAUUCCACCCGCCCAUUUCCCUCGAUCCGGGAUCCGAUUCCAAUCCCAAAAACGGCUCGAAUCUCAAAGCCCAAACUCGGAUCGACCAGAACAACUCCCAAACCCGACCCGUUAAUCCAACAAACCAAAAUAACCCGAGGAAAAAGGUAAAGUCCGAACCCGAACCCAAACCCGCACACUUCCCGUUCAUGAGAGCUCUUCAGACGGUGGACAACAAAAGCGACCCGUGCGGUGGCCGGUACAUUUACGUCCAUGCCCUUCCCCCCAAAUUCAACGAAGACAUGCUCCGGGAAUGCCGGGCCCUCAGCCUCUGGACCAACAUGUGCAAAUUCACCACCAAUUCCGGGCUGGGCCCACCACUCGACAAUCAGGACGGCGUUUUCUCCAACACUGGCUGGUACGCCACUAACCAAUUCGCAGUCGACCUCAUCUUCACCAGCAGAAUGAGACAAUACGAGUGCCUCACGAACGACUCCUCUCUAGCCGCCGCCAUUUUCGUCCCCUUCUACGCGGGCUUCGACGUGGCCCGAUACUUGUGGGGCCACAAUGUCUCGGCCCGCGAUGCCGCCUCUCUCGAUUUGGUCGAUUGGCUCUCAGAACGGCCCGAGUGGAAAAUUAUGGGCGGUAGGGACCAUUUUCUUGUGGCGGGCCGCAUCACGUGGGAUUUCAGGAGAUUAUCCGAGCGCGAUUCUGAUUGGGGGAAUAAGCUUCUUUUAUUACCCGCCGCAAAAAACAUGUCGAUGCUUGUUGUAGAGUCGAGCCCGUGGAAUGCGAACGAUUUCGGAAUUCCUUACCCGACUUACUUUCAUCCGGCGAGGGAUAAAGACGUGCUCGUCUGGCAGGAAAGGAUGAGGAGGCUCGAGCGAGAGAAUCUUUUCUGUUUCGCGGGUGCCCCGAGACCGGGUAACCCAAAAUCGAUUAGAGGGGAAUUAAUCGAGCAGUGUAAAAAAUCGAGCGUUUGCAAGUUGUUGGAGUGUGAUUUUAGGGACAACAACAAAUGCCACUCUCCGAGUAGUAUAAUGCAGAUGUUUCAGAGCUCGGUUUUCUGCUUGCAGCCGCAGGGCGACUCGUACACGAGGCGCUCGGCUUUCGACGCCAUGCUAGCGGGUUGCAUUCCGGUCUUUUUCCACCCGGCAUCUGCGUACACGCAGUACACGUGGCAUUUGCCGAGGAAUUAUUCGUUGUAUUCGGUUUUUAUACCGGAGAAUGAUGUACGAAGGAAUAUUAGUAUAGAGGAGAGACUGAGUGAAAUUCCGGUUGAUAAGGUGAAUAAGAUGAGGGAGACGGUUAUAAAUUUAAUUCCGAGGUUGAUUUACGCUGACCCUCGAUCUAAGCUUGAGACGUUUAAGGACGCGUUUGAUGUGGCUGUUGAGGGUGUGAUUGAUAAGGUGACGAGAUUGAGGAAGGAUUUAGUUGAGGGGCGUAAAGACGAGGGGUUUAUGGAGGAGCUUAGCUGGAAGUAUGCAUUGCUGGAUGAAGGUGAACAGAUCGGGCCACACGAGUGGGACCCGUUUUUCUCGAAGCCGAAAAAGGAUGAGAAGAAGGAUGAUGAUGAGUCUGCCAAGAAUUCUUGGAAGAAUGAGCAAAGGCUGCAGUCAUGAAAUUUUGCGUGAUGUUUUUUUGUUCGGUACAGACUUUCGGGGAUUUUGAAGUUGGGGGUGUUGUGAUGAAUGAGGUAUGAUUAUUGAAAUUCUUAAGGUUUUUCAGGUUAUGAAAUUUUUGAGGGGAUUAGGUUACAGAGAUGCAUAGAUAUAUAUAAUUUAUGUAGUAUACACCUGCUUACAAGUUACAACAUAUCUAUAUAGAAAUAUAUUGGUUUUUAUAUGAUAUGAAUUUAUCAAUGUCAUCUUCACAUACAUUGUGUUUUCAAUAACUAUUAUUCUUUGGUUGGUUGUUUGUGUUUGCUAACUAGCAAGUGUGGCCGUGUCCACCUUUGCCUUUUUCCUGUUUAAUAAUUUUUGUCCUUCCUCAACUCCCUUAGUCCCCUUACUGUAAAAACGGCUUCAUGUUACUGUUAAAACAGCUCAAGUGCAAGCUGUCAUAUUUUCCAAACAAAUGUGUGGUCUUUUUUUUUUUU